AUGUUGCAUCAGUCUAUACAAUCAAUAGACCCUGUAAGUUCACUCCAACACACCAUGGGAGAAAGAAUGAAUUCCACCCCUAAAAUUAACAACAACGAUAGAGAGUUUGACUUUGAAUGGGAUCCACUGGAGGAAUUCUCCAGAUGGUCCUCCUUUUAUCAAAGAAUACCCUCCAACACAGAACCAUCCACGACCAGUAGUGAUGCUGACUCGUUCCCCAGAAACAUAAUGACAUUCGAUAGUCCGACGUCAAGCACAUCAAGCUAUAUGCUACCACAUAAGUGUAAAGUGUCCCCCUUCAGAAGAAAGAAGGAGAAAUUGAGAUCACAGAAUGAAAUAAAAGCUAUUAUGAAUUAUAUCAAUUUGAACGAUGGUGAAAGGGAAACCAAUGCGUUUCCUUCCAUGGUUCAAUUCUAUAAAUUUAGAAACCCCUUCAUCUUGAAUUCCCAUGUGGAUCCAUGCGUACGUGUCCCCAAGAGUGUGAUAUAUCCGAAGAGGAAGAUAAAUAUGGGCAUCCCAGUGAGUCAACCAAAGAGGAAGAUAAGGAAACAGAAAUCAAUUACGAUAAAGAGGGGGGCGAGUUCCAAGAAGCAAAAUAUACCGCCCACACCAAAGAGGAAUCUAGUUAAGAGAUCCAAAUCGUGUCCCAGUCGAAUUAUUAGGCGAAAUCGAGCAACGUUGUCUAAUAGCGACAAAGAAAGACGUAAGUUGAUACGGCUUUGGCGAGAGUACCUCGCAUUGGUCAUUUGGAGGCGGUUAAACCUCAGACUGUCACUACUGGUAGACCCGGGAUACUCCAACUCAUCAGCAUCCCCUAAGACCCCAUCCAAAGCAUCGUCCAUCUCAUCGUCUUCUUCCAACAUAUACAAGAAGACACCAACACCGGCACAACGUAACGCGCUAUCCAGCGCCGGCAUUGGAAUAUUGAAGAAAACCAUGGAAUAUUCCAACUAA